AUGUCGACAUCUAUUACGCGUUUGCAGCCUGAAGCGCUGAAGACCGCAGACCCCGAUGACCUUUUACCGCUGCUCAAGGCGGUGAUGAUGAAGAAGAUCGCCAAAAGACCCAAACGACAAGACAUUAACACAAUCGAGCAAGUGGUCGAGCUGUUAAUGACCUGCAAGAAUAUCGUAGUCCUCACCGGUGCAGGGGUCUCAGUGAGCUGCGGCAUCCCAGACUUUCGAUCGAAGAAUGGCAUCUAUUCCCGGCUUGAUGAGUUUGACUUGGAUGACCCACAGCAGCAAAUGUUCGAUAUACAAUACUUUCGCAUUCAACCGAAAACCUUCUAUACCUUUGCGAAGGAAAUAUACCCCAGCAACUUCCGUCCGUCCCCAUCACAUAUGUUCAUCAAGCUAUUGGAAGAGAAGGGGAAACUGCUGCGGAAUUACACGCAGAACAUCGAUACGAUAGAGCAGUUGGCCGGGAUAGAGCGAGUUGUGCAAUGUCAUGGAUCGUUUGCAACUGCAAAAUGCAUAGUUUGCGGUUAUACCACGGACGGGACAGCUCUGAAGGAGGAUAUAUUCAACCAGACAGUUCCGAUGUGUCCCAAAUGCCCCGAAGAAAAGGACGGGAUCAUGAAGCCAGGGAUCACCUUUUUCGGCGAGAUGCUACCAGACGAGUUUGAUCGGCUGUUUGCACAAGAUAGAGAGAAAGUAGAUCUGCUCAUCGUGAUGGGAUCCUCGUUGAAAGUUUCGCCGGUUGCUGAUGUAAAAGACAAAAUCCCCCACCACGUCCCCCAAGUCCUCAUCAACAUGGAAUCCCUCCCGCACAUGGCCGGCUUUGACGUCCAACUCCUUGGUUACUGCGACAACAUCUGCGCCCAGCUCUGCUCCAUGCUUGAUUGGAAGCUCGAGCAUCCAAAGAUCCAACUGCAGCCGGCCGCAAAUCCACCACGGACCCCAGAAACUGGGCAAACAGAGUCAUCCACGAUCAGCUCCACCCCUCAAUACCGCCAAGGCCACGUACCACAUCACUACCUAUUCGAAGGCGCCAUCACAGCCGCCGAGAUGGAUCUAAAGGCGUAUAUACCGAGCGACAGGGAAGACUCGUCGGGCACAUCAAGUGACGAUGACGACGACAGCAGUGGCGGUGAGGAUGGCGACAGCGAGAGCGGGGACCACGUGGUCGAAUUCGAUGGUAUUGGGCACAGCGACACCGACUCGCCAAGGACAUUUCCGUCGUUCCUACCACCGUCUAAUUUAUCGCUAGAAGGAAAUGAUGGGCAAUCGUAA